ACCCGCUCCGUCCUAUGGAUCAAUAUCAUGUCCUUGAAUGCAUCGGUGAGGGUUCCUUUGGAAGAGUCUACAAGGGUCGCAGGCGUUACACUGGCCAAAUCGUGGCGCUUAAAUUCAUCCCAAAACAAGGAAAGAGUGAAAAGGCACUGCAGAACUUAAAGAAGGAGUUUGAAAUCAUGAAGUCCAUUCACCACCCGAAUAUUAUUUCAAUGAUUGAUGCGUUUGAGACUCAGAAAGAAGUAGUCGCUGUGACAGACUAUGCCGAAGGCGAUCUUUUUCAAAUUAUCGAAGAUGAUGGUCGAUUACCUGAAGACGUGAUUCGGUCGGUUUCCGCGCAGUUAGUCUCGGCCCUCUUUUACCUUCACGCCCACCGAAUUUUACAUCGCGACAUGAAGCCGCAGAACAUUCUGCUUGGCCACGGUGGUAUCGUAAAACUUUGCGACUUUGGAUUUGCUAGGGCUGUUGGCAGUACCACGUUGGUGAUUACUUCGAUAAAGGUGUGCCUUAAUCUUCAAAACGCUUAG